UGUUGUUGGUACUUGCAUUGGUACUAAAUUUGUCAUUUCUAUUGGAUGUGUCUUCUGAUUGUAACAGAUAUAUGUACGUAAUGAUGAGGGUAAAUGUAAAUAGCCUACUACUCUUCUACUCUUCUUCUACCGCAGCGUCCAUUUUCAUCAUUAUGUAGGCUAAUUUGAACACAUAAUGUUCAGGUCUUCAGCUUUGUUCGUAUCAAAUGGAUUACCUAUAACUUAUCUAUAACAGCAACAUCUUUUCUCUUGUACAUUUUUUACCCAUAUCCGUUAUGACAAGAAGAGAUCAUGGAGGAGUCCAACCAAACACUCCUCUCCGCGGAUUCAUAUGAGAACUUGUCCUACUACUACUACUACGGUGACCCCAUCCUGCUCGAAGAGCAUGCACAGGACAGGUUCCAUCGUCUCUUCCCCACCGUCUGCUACGGCCUGAUCUUCUGCGUGAGCCUAGCGGGGAACGGCUUCCUCAUGUGGAUCCUAAUGAAGCAGGAGGACCUGAGACGGACAUCUAGCCAGCUGCUGCUGCACCUCACCGUGUCCGACCUGCUCUUCACGCUGCCUCUUCCCCUCUGGGCAGCGUACCUCAACGGCAGCCUGGUUAUGAGCGAGGCCGUGUGCGUGCUCUUGAACGGCACAUACUCUCUGGGCCUCUACAGUUACAUGACGUUCCUGACCGCCAUGACGGUGCAUCGCUACUGGGCGGUCAUUCACGCCGUCUCGGCGUCCACCUUCAGGCCUAACGUCUACCUGCUGAGCGGCGGCCUGUGGGUCUUCUGCUUGGCCUUCGCCGUGGCCGAGAUGGUGUUCUCGGAGACGGUCGUGAACGACGACGACUCUGCAGAGUGCAUCCAGACCUACGGAUCGUACAUGCCGGAGUACCUGGUGUACUACAUGCAGAUCCUCGUUUUCUUCCUACUGCCGUUCACCAUCAUCACCUUCUGCUACGGGCGCAUGUGGUUUCGCAUCCAGAGGUGCCGGAUGGCGCAGAAGCGACAGGCGGUGAAGCUCAUUCUCCUGAUCGUGGUGGGCUUCUUCAUCUGCUGGGCGCCGUACAACAUCUUCCUCCUCAUCUACUCGUUGAGCCUCCACGGUCUCAUCCACGAGGUGGAUCAACACAACGCCGCCGCCAUGUUUGCCUACACCGUGUCCCACACGCUGGCCUACUUUCACUGCUGCCUCAGCCCCGUCGUCCACAUCUUUGGCGCGGGAAAGUUCAGGGGGCGCCUGCGUCACCAGCUCUCUGGCUUCAGGCGGUUCUCUGUCAGGGAGAGGACCCGGACCCUCAGCGUCCACACCGGUGAGACGCCUCUCUCGGUCUCGGGCCAGCACUAGAACCAAAACCAACAGUUCAGUCAGUACUUAGUAACUCAGAUAGUCCAUGAAUCCUUUACCAGUGUGGUGGGAUGUUGACAAUCAGUCCAUAUGGACAAAAAGUUAUUACAGGAACUCCAAAAAGCAAAAAAAAGAGGACGGAAAUAAUCAGUUAAAACAUAGACCCUGUUAUAAAUGUGCGGUUACCAGGAAGGCAAUGACCAAGUACAGUAGUUCAAUGUGUACUAAUGACGGCUAUGUAAUGUCAUAGGCCUAUAAUGUAGUACAAUUAAGUCUUUUGAGUGUAAUAAGUGUUAAUCCUACACAGAAGGUUAUUAGAGAUUUGAGUAAAAUGUUUCACUGGCGUAACAUUGCUCAUUAUAGUAAAAUGCCUUUAUUAGACAUGCUAAUACAUGUUUAGAAAGCCAACAUGUUUCAACCUAUUGAGUGACUGGAAUAACUUUUUUUUUUCAUAAAUCCAACAGUUGCUUAACUUUACUAACUGUGCCAGCAUGAGGUUAUCAGCAGAAGGCAUCAUGAAGGUUUAUUUCUACCAGCUAUGGUUGUGACUCAAAUCCAUUAAUAUAAAAUAAUGCUAACAAUAAUUGUGAGUUGGUUUGAAUGAAUGAAUGUGAGUGAGAUCUUGAAUUAACCUUAAACAUUUGCAUUCCUGAUUACACUGGACUACAAUGGUCCACACGCACAGCUAUCGAGCUAUGUAGGCAUUAGACUUAUCAGUACUCCUAUCAUUUGGAUUUCACUGUUAUGUGGAAACCCUGUUAAUGCUGCUUUGGGUGAAACGUACAAUUCAUGUCCUACCGGAAGAAAACGAUUGUCUUCUAGCUAUCUUGAUGCUCUGUCGUAAACAAGUGUGAUUGUUUGAGGUGUGAUGGAAUUGCCGGACACACAAAUAAACAAAUAACAAAUAGCAAAUUACAAAUAAGCUAAUAGAUACUUUGUAAAAAAUGGAAAACAAUUGUAAAAUAGUGUUAUGUACAUAGUCAUGUAUUUGUUGUGCACACAAAAAUAAAGAACAUAUA